CACAGCACAGGCAGCUCGAGAGAGAGAGAGAGAGAAAGAUGUCGUGGUUCGGGCACCACCACCACAACCAGCCGGCUCCCCCGGCGUCGGGCCCCAACCAGGUGUUCAAGAUCUUCUGCCGCGCCAACGAGAACUACUGCCUGGCCGUCCGCGACGGCGCCGUCGUGCUGGCCCCGGUCAACCCCAAGGACGACCACCAGCACUGGUACAAGGACAUGCGCUUCAGCACCCGGGUCAAGGACGAGGAAGGCAUGCCGGCGUUCGCGCUCGUCAACAAGGCCACGGGGCUCGCAAUCAAGCACUCCCUCGGCCAGUCCCACCCGGUCAAGCUCGCGCCUUUCAGCCCGGACCAGGAGGACGCGUCGGUGCUGUGGACGGAGAGCAAGGACGUGGGCAAGGGCUUCCGCUGCAUCCGCAUGGUCAACAACACCCGCCUCAACUUCGACGCCUUCCACGGCGACAAGGACCACGGCGGCGUGCACGACGGCACCGCCGUCGUGCUCUGGGAGUGGUGCAAGGGCGAGAACCAGAGCUGGAAGAUCCUGCCGUGGGGUCCCGAGGCCAACUCCUCCGCGGCCCACGCGGGAGGCCCGCACGCCGUGCGCGUCUUCUGCAAGGCCGGCGGCGAGGACUACAGCCUCACGGUGCGCAACGGCACGGCGUGCCUGGCGCCCACCAACCCGCGGGACGAGUACCAGCACUGGGUCAAGGACAUGCGCCACAGCACCCGGGUGCGGGACGAGGAGGGCUACCCGGCCUUCGCGCUCGUCAACAAGGUCACCGGCGAGGCGCUCAAGCACUCCACGGGGCAGGGCCACCCCGUCAAGCUCGUGCCCUACAACCCGGACUACCAGGACGAGUCCGUGCUCUGGACCGAGAGCCGCGACGUCGGCAACGGCUUCCGCUGCGUCCGCAUGGUCAACAACAUCUACCUCAACUUCGACGCCUUCCACGGCGACAAGGCCCACGGCGGCGUCCAUGACGGUACCGAGAUCGUGCUCUGGAAGUGGUGCGAGGGCGACAACCAGCGCUGGAAGAUCCUCCCUUGGUGAACGAACGAAAGAAACUACUAGCUGGUACCCUAAUAAUAAUUCUGCUGGCUGCGGCGAUCCCAAAAUAAAAGAGGCCGGGUGCGAUGCAUCUCGGACUUCUCGAGUGGUGUUUGCGUCAGACAGCCAGCCACUGUGGGGCUAGUGUUCCAACAUUUGUCAGCCUGCUUGCGCGAGGAAGGGGGGUCACUGACUCAAGAGAAGGGCCUGGUCAUAGGCUGCUGCAUUAUGAAUUUCUGAUGAUGUCUUAUGUCUGUACUCUGAAUCAACUAUGUAUGAGAUCUCAUCUCCUUUCUCCUACUGAAUGAAUGAAUCAUUAUUGGCUUUG